AUGUCUCAGAGGCGACUUCAAAAAGAAGUACAGGAUAUUCUUGCUAAUUCACCAGCCAACUGCUCCGCUGGACCUGUGAAUUUUGAUGAUCUGUACCAUUGGACUGGAACUAUAAUUGGUCCGGUAAGUCACGUUAGCAUGUUAAGAGACUAUUUCGAAAAGGCAAAUAGCCCCUAUGAAGGUGGAUUAUUCUAUCUCGAGAUACGAUUCCCUACUGAGUAUCCUCUUAGACCCCCAAAGGUUCAAUUUACGACAGAGGUCUUCCAUCCAAAUAUAAGCCAGAAUGGUCAAAUAUGCUUGGAUAUACUCGGCCCAAAAUGGUCACCAGCUUUCAACGUUUCAAAAAUACUUCAAUCUCUCUGCUCCUUGUUAUCAAAGCCAAACUUGAAUGAUCCCUUAUCUCCGGAUGUCGCAGACCUCUACACAAACAACUAUGAGUCAUUUUUAGAGAAAGCUAAAAACCAUACUCAAAAAUACGCAGUUCAAUAA